AAAAUAUAUAGAUUGUUUUGUCUGGAGAUGCACACCAGUAAUGUUUUUUGUAAGGUAUGUUUUUUAAAACAAUUUAAAUCGUGAAAGCCUAGUCCUGGUUUAAACUAAUCCCUGUCUGGGAAACUGCCCCUAUAUAUGUUGACACAGAUCACAUGUUGGCAGAUUAACCAACAGAUCUCUAAAUGUGACUGUACAUUACUAUAUGGCACCGCUCUGUUGUCUGUGUAUGAAAUACUAAAUGUGCAAUGAAACGUAACGAGAUGACUGUGUAAAGAGGAUGUGUGUGGAGACUCUUCUGAACACCUGCUACCAUUAUUCUCUGUGUAUGUGUGUGACUGCCGUUCUAUGAUUCCUUCUUGUGAGUUUAAAAGAUAUCAAGUGUUGUAUGAUUUGGAUUGUAGACAUUGAGGUAAGUGAUUUUCUGUGUUUAAAAUGUGUUAGGAAAUCAGCACGACGGAGCACGACGGAGUCUGUAAUGUUUAAUUCACUUUUUAAGUAAAGGAGUAUUUUCAAAACGUGUUCUUUCAGUAAUAUUUCCCAGCUAACAUUAUAUUUGCUGUUGUGGAUUAUACUGAAAGAUUAAUUCCCCUGUAAAGUAUUUUAACUGUAUUAUCAUCUAAUAAUAAUGUAAACAGAUGGUUUUAGUCUGUGCAGUGUGCACCAUUAACCUGCCUGACAGUGUUUUCUAAUGCUCUUGUUCUUAUGUGUCUAGGCCAUGUUUGAACACAAGAUGUACCUGAUCCUCAUUCUGAAUCAGUUCCACAUUUUCACAUCUUUGCAUCUGGAAUUCUAUCCAUGUGAAAAUCACAUUACUAACAAUGGACUCAUAAAUGUCAACUGCCAGCACAGACAUCUCGCUAAAAUUCCUCAGUUCAAAUCUCUCUUGGUUAUUUCCCUCAAUAUGAACGGAAACCACAUACACCAAGUUAAAAGUGAUGCAUUUUCCGGCAUACCCAAUCUGAAGCAUCUCACUUUGAUGUGGAACUGUGUGCCUGAUGUUUCUAAAGAGAAGAUUCGGCCUUCGUGCUACCUGAAGAUUGACCCUGAUGCGUUUGUGGGACUUGAGAAAUUAAGCUCCCUCCAUUUAGCAGGAAACAGUCUGAAGACUAUUCCUCCUCUUCCAAAACAGCUUGCAGUUUUGGGACUUGAGUUUAACAAUAUUUUCCAUAUCGACCAACCUCUCGGUACACCACACCUAAAAGAAAUGCUGCUAAACAAGAACUGUUUCUACGCCAACCCAUGUUACCGAUCUUACUUCAUCCACCCACGGGUGUUUCAAGAUCUUCCUGAGCUUUUGAAUCUUACCCUUAGUUACAACAACGUGACACUUGUUCCCCCACACCUUCCUCGUUCACUGGAAAGCCUAGACUUGGGAGAGAACAAGAUCACCACAAUUAGUAAAGAGUCCUUUGUAAAUCUCACACGUUUGCGUCACCUUAACCUGGGGUGGAACUGCCAAAGGUGCGAUCACGCUUCUGAGCCCUGUUUCCCAUGUCCGAACAACCAAUCCCUGGAUCUGCAUCAGGGGGCAUUUUCGGAUCAGAGAGACUCUUUGAUUAGUCUAAGUCUGAGAGGCAACUCAAUUCGGACUCUUCCUCUGUACCUCUUCGCCCGGCUGCACAAGCUCCAGGAGCUGGAUCUAUCUGACAAUUUGUUAGCCUACACCAUACAGAAUGGCACCUUUUACGAGGAGCUCCAGAGUGUGGCGUCCCUCAAUCUUCUUUACAACUAUGAGCCCCUGAACACCUUCUCUGAAUUGAUCCUCUCACCAUCCAUCGAGAAGAUGACAGCUCUAAGAGAGUUGUUUCUGAGCGGGUUCUUCUUCAAAGUGCUGUCGAACCACAGUCUAGCACCUCUGUCAAAACUGCCGAGACUCGAGUCCCUGGAGUUACGCAUGAACUUCAUCUGCUCUGUUAACAUGAGUGCAUUAAGUCAGCUGAGAUCAUUGAGAUGGGUGGGACUUUCCCAAAACAUGCUUGCAUUCAAUCCCUGCAUUUCGUUUUGCACCUCCAAAGCUAUACCAAAAUACCUAUCCCACAGAGGACACCGGCACAUUGAAGGCCUCGGCGUACCAAACGCAGAAGUCUGGUUGAACUCUGUGCAGGAGUCCAAAAGGGAUGACUGUCCUUUAUAUUAUUCUCUGUGGCUUUUUAAAAAGCAGAUUUGCUGGAAAAACCUGAUGUUUGAUCUGUCUCAAAACAGCAUCCCGUGGCUGAAUGAGAGUAUUUUUACAGGCAUGGAAAAGGCUGUAUGCAUAGAUCUGUCCUACAACUACAUCAGUCAAACUUUAAAUGGUCAGCAGUUCUCACGGCUAAGCAAAUUGGCGUACCUUAAUAUGGCACACAACCGCAUUGACCUGUACUCAGACAAAGCCUUCCAGGAGAUAAGUGACACCCUUCAAGUUCUUGACCUCAGCAAUAACGAAUUCCAUUUUGUAAUGAAGGGAAUGGGACAUCGCUUCACGUUUAUAUCUCACUUGUCUUCUCUUCAAAUGCUGAGCCUAGCAAACAAUCACAUUGGUCUCAGAAUCUCUACCACUCUUACUAGCGCUUCCCUAAAGUAUCUUGUUUUCUCUGGAAAUCGUUUGGACAUAAUGUGGGACUCUAGACGUGACGAGUAUAUGCGUUUCUUCCAGGGUCUUACCAAGCUCACGCACUUGGACAUCUCUGAAAACCACCUCAAAUCAUUUUCUCCGAAGGCUUUUGUUAAUUUGCCUCCGACGCUGCGGGUGCUGCGGGUGGAUUCCAACAUGCUGAGUUACUUCCCCUGGGGAAACAUUUCGGUUCUCAAAGACCUCUGCUACCUGAAUCUGAGUGGAAACAUGCUUUCUUUCUUACCCAAUAACCAUCUCGAGCUCAAACUCAUAAGCCUGGACCUAAGUCACAAUCGACUAACAGUGAUACCCAAGACAUUUUUCAGUCAUGCCAAAAACCUCAAGAACCUAAUGCUCAACCACAACCAGCUGAAAUUCCUUGACGUGCACGCCCUUCCCUGGUCAUUCCGCAAAGGUAGCACCAUCUGUGCUUCUGGGCAGCACCAAAACGCAUCCUGCAAACUUGUGCUGCAUGCCAAUCCUUUCGCUUGCAGCUGCGUUACCUCUGAGUUUGCCAAAUUCCUGAGAGAAACCGUACUGAACGUCCCACAGCUCACCACGCACAUUCACUGUGCUUAUCCGCAGUCGCUGGCUGGCGUGAAUGUCCUCUCCAUAGAUCUACGCUCAUGCCAAGAUAUAUUUGGGAGCGUCGCUUUCCUGUGCACUUCGCUGUUGACGUUGGCGGCGACCAUCAUUCCCCUCCUGAAGCAUCUCUAUGGUUGGGACCUGUGGUACUGCGUCCAGAUUUUGUGGACCGGACACAAGGGACACACACCAGCUAAUGGUCACACGUCAGACAGCCACUAUGAUGCGUUUGUGGUUUUUGAUACAAGUAACAAGGCAGUCAGAGAAUGGAUCUACAAGGAGAUGAUCGAGAGACUGGAGAACAGGGGGAGAUGGAACUUCCGACUUUGCCUGGAGGAACGCGACUGGCUGCCCGGAGUCUCGUGCAUAGAGAAUCUCCACAAGGCAGUUUACAACAGCCGGAAGACGGUGUUUGUGCUGACCAGCCCGGGCGGCUAUUCUGAAGCGAGUGGAGUGGUGAAACAAGCCUUCCUCCUGGUUCAGCAGAGGCUUCUAGAUGAGAAGUUGGAUGUUGCCGUUCUGGUUCUGCUGGACCUUCUCUUUCCUAAAUUCAAAUACCUUCAAAUGAGAAAACGGCUCUGCAGAAAGUCCGUUCUGUCCUGGCCCAGGAACCCACGAGCACAGCCUCUCUUCUGGAACAAUUUAAGUGCCGCUCUUCUCUCUGACAACAUGAGCGAAUACAACAAGAACGUCACAGAGAGCUUCCUCUGAAAGCCUAAAAAUAACUUUCUGUCUUCUGUCUUGGAUUUAGAUUUUAAUCAAGUUUUAAUUGUUCGCAAUCCAACGAGAUGGUUGUUUCAGCUGUUUGAAGUGUUGGUCAGAAAAGCAGAAAAUCUGUGCAUCAGUGAUCUGCCAAAAAGUAAGGAAUCAGCUGAAAGUCUACGAUAUCCGACUGUUAUAUUUGACAAGUAUACACAACAAAACUCAUGCAUGAAUAACCUCUGCUAGUGAUUACUUGUUUCUGAACAUAUGUAACUGUUCAGUAUGUAAUCUUGUUAAAUAACUUUAUCCACAUGAAAGGAUGGUUAGAUACCAACUGGAUCAUUUAUUGUCAUAGGGGUACACUUCAUUUCUUUAUUUUUAUAGCAAGGUGUAUACAAUAAAUGUACAUUUGUUUAUAUUUACAUUUGCUAACAACGAGCAAUACGUCUGUCAUUUUUAUGAAUGUUUGUACAUGUUGAUUUCAACAUUUAUUCAUGCAUUUUCAAACCUCACUGUAAAGUGUUACCAAUACUUUGUAGUUAACAUUAAAACACAAAGAUUCUCAGCAUUUACUUUUACACAAAUAGUGUCAACCGGUCUGUAACUGCAAACUAUAAAUAUGUGUGGGAGGCAAACAUGAGAAAGCAUAAAAAGGGAAAUUCAGAAAGACUUGAUGAAAGUUUUGAUGAGGAACCAUCGGCACCUGUCAGACCACAAGAUGAAAUGACAUCAUGUUUGUUUUUAGAUGGUACUGACUCCUUUACCCAGUGGUCGAAUUGUAAAAAAAAGCCAAAUGUUUGA